GUUAAGUAAUAGCUUAAAUUGUUAACUUUUUUGCAUUCGCUCAUUUUGAUCAUAAUGGAGGAAUUAGGUGUUAACAAUACUAGCUCGAUUGAGAAUCCUGUAGUAGUCGAUGAUAUAGUGCUUAAGAGUGAAACUACAACUGUUGUUGAAAAUAUUAAUAUAGAAACGGCGCCAAUUGUUGAAGAAAUAAACUUAGGGAGCAAUAAAGAAAUAAAUCAUGAUAAAAAUGAAAUGGAUGAUAAAACAUCUUCGGAAUCUGUUAAAAUACCCGAAAAUGAAGCUGAUGGGAACUUUGUUUUUCUUGAACAUAGUGAACCAUUGGAUACAAAAUCUAGUUCUGAAGGCCCAACUUUAAAAAAAAGUAGGAUUGAUUUUCAAUCAUUACCAACUAGGGCUUAUCUUGAUCAAACUGUAGUUCCUAUUUUACUUCAAGCUCUUUCUACAUUAGCUAAAGAAAGGCCACUAGAUCCCAUUCAAUUUUUGGCUCAUUAUCUAAUAUCACACAAAGAUGAUUAUGAUAUAAAUUCUUUGCCCAAUAAUAAAAUAUGAACUAAAUACUGUAUUUUUUUGUAACUUGUAUUAGUUAUUAUCUUAUUCAAUUUUUUAACAAUAAAUUUAUAUAAUAUAAAAAACCAAGUUGUGAUAUACAUAUAUAGCUUUCUAACUAAAAUAAAUACACUAACAUUUGUUGAA